ACAGAGAGGAGAGAGAGAGAGGAGAGAAGGAAGAGGCUCCCUUUUGGGUGUUGGUUUAGUUUUUUUUUUAAUUUGAUCUUUGGAGCUGCGGGGGAGCAGAGGAGAGGUGGAGUGGAGGAGGAAGAAGAAGAGAAAAAGCAGAAAAGUAAGGGUUUUUGUUGGGAUAGCCAUGCAUGUCAUGCGUCGUCUCAAGAGCAUUGCUUCUGGUCGUUCCUCCAUUUCCGAUCCUGGUGGGGAUUCUGGAUCAAAAAGGGCAAAGGUUGAUCAGGAAACAGAACAGAAUGUUACUGGGGAGACUCAGUCGGUGGAGAAAACAACUGUAGGCCUGGAACAACACAUAUCUUCUGCUUCACUGGAAGCUGAUGCAAGCACAUCCACAAUUUCUUCCAACUCUAAAACUGAAAAGUCUGGUUUUGAUCAGCUUCCAAAGGAAAUGCAUGAAAUGAAAAUCAGAGAUGAUAAAACAGAAAGCCAUGAUGAUAAGGAUAUGGAGGCAGCUGUCAUAAAUGGCAACGGGACAGAGACGGGUCAAAUUAUUUCAACUACGAUAGGUGGUAAAAAUGGUCAGCCAAAACAGACAAUCUCAUACAUGGCAGAGCGUGUGGUUGGCACUGGUUCAUUCGGUGUUGUCUUUCAGGCCAAGUGUGUGGAAACAGGGGAAGCAGUUGCCAUCAAGAAGGUUCUUCAGGAUAAGAGAUAUAAGAACAGAGAAUUGCAAAUUAUGCGGUUAUUUGACCAUCCUAAUGUAGUUCAACUAAAACACUGUUUCUUUUCAACUACGGACAAAGAUGAGCUGUACCUAAACCUUGUACUGGAGUAUGUCUCUGAGACUGUUUACCGAGUUACAAGGCACUAUACCAAGAUGAAUCAACAUAUGCCGCUGAUCUAUGUGGAACUUUAUACUUACCAGAUCUGUCGUGCUCUUAACUACAUACACAGUGUCAUUGGUGUUUGUCAUCGUGAUAUUAAGCCUCAGAAUUUGUUGGUCAAUCCCCAUACCCAUCAGUUAAAGCUUUGUGAUUUUGGAAGUGCAAAAAAGUUGGUGCCAGGUGAACCAAAUAUAUCAUACAUUUGUUCUCGUUAUUAUAGGGCUCCGGAACUGAUCUUUGGAGUUACUGAGUACACAACAGCUAUCGAUAUCUGGUCUGUUGGUUGUGUCAUGGCUGAGCUCCUUCUGGGACAGCCCUUAUUUCCUGGAGAAAGCGGUGUUGAUCAGCUUGUGGAAAUCAUUAAGGUUCUAGGGACGCCAACAAGAGAGGAGAUUAAGUGCAUGAAUCCAAAUUACACAGAGUUCAAGUUUCCUCAAAUCAAAGCUCACCCAUGGCACAAGGUCUUUCACAAGCGAAUGCCUCCUGAAGCAGUAGAUCUUGUGUCUCGGCUGCUCCAGUACUCACCAAAUUUGCGUUGCACUGCUUUGGAGGCCUGUGCACACCCUUUCUUUGACGAGUUAAGAGACCCAAACACGCGUUUGCCUAAUGGGCGUCCCCUUCCACCAUUGUUCGACUUCACACCUCAAGAGCUUGCUGGUGCAUCUCCUGAAUUGCAUCAGCGUCUCAUCCCUGAGCAUGUGAAGAAAUAAAUAAUGAUCUGGCGACAUCAUCUUUGGCAGUAGUUAAUACAUUUGGUCUCUGAUGCAACAUGGCUUGUAUUGGCCUGUUUGCUUGCCCUGAUACCGAGCAUAGAACAUUACCAGCCUCUGGCUUUAGAAAUCAAAACGGCAAAGCAAGGCUGAGGUACAAGGAAGAUUUAUGGGCAAUGGAGGAUGGUCCAUUUCGUACGGUGGACAGUUUCCAUUUACAGGGAGGCGACGGCAGAUGAACGACAUUCUACGGUGCAGAGUGCGGUUUUAGUCUCGAGGAUGGCAAGAAUCAGACAUUAUAUAUAUAGCCAUGUAUUUAUUUAUCUUAUAUAUCCCAACUAAGAUUAAUACCCAUCUCAUAUGGCAUCUUAUUCAAUCAAAAAAGAAAACCCUAGUAAUCCUGUAGCUAUAAAUUUAAGAUUAAUACCCAUCUCUCUGGAGUAUUUCUAGAAACAACUAAAGCUAAACCUCUGCCCACACGGAAAAUAUGGAAAACAUUAUUUGUAGUUGAAUGCAGUGGCAGUGGAGAUAGCACGGUGUUGUGUUUUCAUGAAAUGUAGUAUGAAUCCACGGUAGAAGAGUUUCUCCA